AGCAAACCAGAUACAUACGUAUCAAGAAAGUUUUUUUUGUUACUCUUAUCAAAAAAAUACUCGUUACUUACUAAUACUUCUUAUGCGUGUAUUUAAACCAGGGUUACACGUCACAUCCACACCUUACUCGGGAAUGUCAUUGAGCAGGUUAUUAAGGUAUGCAGCUGCCGUGUUUCUCAUCUCAAGUUGAAUGAUAGUGGCAGGAACUUUCUGUUUGUGUACUCUACGUGACAUCUACAAGCGAGCCGCACGUGGCCCUUCAGUCGGAGCAGACGACGACGCCGCCGCGCCGCUGAAUGUGUCACAGAGAUGUGAGCUGAGGAGCGCCGAGCAGAGGGAGGAGAUCAAGCCCAAAGAAAUGCAUUUCAACUACACAAUUUCACCCUCAAAACCCAACCCGGGAUUUCCUGGUUACUAUGCACUCAUCCCCUUUGUCCUGCUCACACUGAUUGGAUGUGUAAUGGCAUUGGUUGUUUAUGUCCGAAGGAAGUCCAGAUUAGAUGAGCUGCGGCACAGGCUGAUUCCUCUGUACAGCUACGACCCCGCGGAGGACGAAGGAGAGUGGGAGGCCAGCGGGGGCCGGGGGGAGGAGGAGGAGGAGGAGCUGGCUGAGCUGUUGUAUAAGGAAGGAAAGCUCUCCUUUUUAUGAUGAAAAAGGAGAGCCGGGAAACCAAGAGAAAGAAAAAUAAUGUAGCAGAUCAAAAGGACAAUUUCUACUUGAGAGUUGACACGUCCUGGAUAUUCUACAGCUACAGCUGUAAUUUCAUUUAAAUUUCUCACUUUCAUGAUUUGUUCUUUGCAGAGCUGCAGGCAGCAGAUGGUGCUCUAAGCUUUACUUUUAAAACUGAACUUUGAACAGUGUCAAGGAUGAAGUAUGACAUUUUUUUUUCCAGCAAUAAACUUGAAGCUAAAAUCCCAACUAGAAGUUUGCCCUGUGUGUGACUUAUUGAAAUGAUUCCUGGAUUAUGUUGAAAGGUCUUCAAAUACACACCAGUUUCUGCUUAGUAAUCAGAGGGCUUUGCUGGUAUUUGGAGCUUUCUCACGUCGAUGCGUCUUUGCCCGUUAAGAGGGGUUUUUACACGCAAAAAGAUGGACUCACAAAGCGGGAACAGUCAGGACGCUCGUCUGCCGGGACCACGCGGCCUCCUGACCUCCAUCCUGUUUGCCAUGGCUCUGGUCUUGCCCGCUCUCGGCAUGGACAGCCUGCUGUGUUUCUACUGUCCCCUGCAGCACAAAGGCCAGUCCUGCCUCAACAUCACCAGCCAGUGUCUCCCCGAUCAGCGCUGCUCCAACUCCAGAGGCCGCUACGGCUCGCUGCACAUUCUGUCCGCUCAGGGCUGCGUGGACACCGAGCUCUGCGGCUCCCACCAAAUCACCUCUUACCGGGGGGUCAAGUACAACGUCAGCCACACCUGCUGUUGCAAAGACCAAUGCAACGUCCGGCCGAAGAUUGCCAAGAACCUGAGUUUGCUGAUGGGGAUGAUGGCAUUCAAAAGAGACGACGCUAACGGCACUAAUGUUAUUCGAGAGGAACUCUCAUGUGCAAAUUAUACAUCCGGGAGCUCCACGUAACCAGCCGCUGCAUCAUAGUCUGAGGAGAGGCCUGUUAGCCAUAGGCACUUACCCGAGCCUCCAAAAGGUCACUAGUACUGGGGGAAAUAUUUGUGAUUAUAGGUAUCUUCGCUAAACCCAUGUGUAACUGAGAAAAUGAUACAUCGUGGUACGUGUUUUGUUUGAGAACAUUUUGCUCCAGAGAGAAAGGUGGACAUGUCAGCCAUCCUCCUGGUACAGAGUAAACGAUCACAUUAUUCCUGUGGUUAUUGAUGAAUGCUACAAAAUAAAAGCGCCAUGAUUAAGCCUCCCACUUGGUGUAG